AUGACUGUCACUCACCGCAAGAGGCAGUAUCAGCCUGAAGAAAUCCAAACGGUCAACGAACCUGGUCUUCAGAUUCAGUGUGAUGGCUGUCUUUGUGACCUCACACAUUCGAUUCGUAUCAAGUGCGCAGAUUCAGCCUGCGAGCCUGGAGACGGAGUCGACAUAUGUCCAACAUGUUUUUGCAACGGCAAGGAGUUCGCCAAACACAAACGAUGGCAUGCGUACCGGGUUGUAGAGCUACAUUCAUAUCCUAUCUUUACUGAGGACUGGGGAGCAGACGAGGAGCUGCUACUUUUAGAGGGUAUUUCCUUGCAAGGUCUCGGUAAUUGGCAAGCAAUUGCGGAGCACGUUGGUACCCGUACGAAGGAGGAGGUCGAAGAGCAUUACAAAAUUGUAUAUAUAGAUUCAUCCGACUGGCCACUUCCCCGUAUGGAUCAACAUUUUAAUAUAGACCCUGCCGAAUUCCAAGAGCACAAACGUCGACGUAUUUCAACUAUGAACACGAAUCCGCCUCCUGCGCCCAAGACAGCGCCCACUUCUGCGCCUAACGUUCAUGAAGUUGCCACGUUCCUUCCUGGACGGCUUGAAUUCGAGCAUGAGCUUGACAAUGAAGCCGAAGAUCUUGUCAAAGAUCUUGAGUUUGGCAUCUGCCUAGAGUGGGAAGGCGAUCAAAUCCUAGAGGACGAGAAUGACCCGGAUGUCCGUGCAAGAGCUCGCUGGGAGGAGGAGCAGAAGUCCAAAACUUCCAUCUCCGGAAAACAUCUUCCUAAUGGAUUGUUAAAUGGAUUAAUCAACGGACAUCAUUCGAAUGGCGACACACCAACACGAGAUCUACGGAGCAAAUCCGAGGACGCCAGGCCUCAGAAUGGUGGAGCAGAUGAGGAGACCGAUGUUGAAGAACUGACGCAACCUCCACCAAUCGAGACGUCCGAAUCGCUUGCGUUCAAGCUAUCGUUCAUUGAGAUGUACAAUCAGCGAGUCGAAAAGCGCCACGAGAACAAGGGAAUUAUGUUCAAUAGAGGACUCUUAAACUACAGGCAAAUGCAGGCAGCUGAAAAGAAACGACCCAAGGAGGAGAAGGACAUUAUACAUCGUCUACGUCCUUUUGCUCGCCUGCAAACCGCAGAGGAUUUUGAGGUUUUUUGUGCUGACAUUCUUUACGAAUCCCUGCUUAGAAAACGGAUACAGGAACUUCAACACUAUCGCAGGAUGGGUCUGACAACCGCUGCGGACAUAGACAAAUACGAGGCGGAUGUGGCGAAACGAUCUCAAGUCAAGGCCAACCUCACUCGUGAUUAUUACUCUUCAGAAAGGUUCCAGCUGCGGGCAGGCUCUGGACGUCAAUCCUCUGCCGAUCCACGUACAGAACGCGGAAAGAGUCAUGAGCGAGAGAUGACGCCGAAGGCCGGUUCAACAACUCCGAACAUAUCGGGUACUGGCCCUCCCGGGAGGAAGAUGCCUGCACCACUCAACCUUGCGAAUAGUCCCUCACUGCAUCUCCUCACGCCAGAGGAACAGACACUUUGCUCACAACUGCGCAUCCUCCCCAAGCCAUAUCUAGUCAUCAAGGAGACCCUUGUCCGAGAGUAUGCGCGACGUGGGGGCAAAUUACGCCGGCGUGAAGCUCGAGAUCUGGUCAAGAUAGAUGUCAACAAGACCAGCAGAGUUUGGGACUUCCUAGUCCAGGCUGGCUUCCUCAAAGUUGGUGCCGCCGAGCCUCCACCUACACUCCCGGACAGGCCAUCAGCAACGCCUACUCUAAGUGCCUCUCCGAGCAAGGAUUCUCAGCUUCGAGUUUCGCCCCGACCACCACCUUUCACUACAGCCCCGCUUGCCAUGCCUCAUGCGCCUUUCCCAUCUGCUAGUAGCUCUUCAGUGCCGCAUGUAUCUGGUUAA